CUCUUGACGCGAGUAACAUCGAGUUAUUUAUUAAAAACAAGCGGCGGGUGACACGCACUCACGCGAGAGGCAGUCAGGCAGUCGGAUUUUCUCCAGACACGCUGGGGGGGCGCGCGUCGUGAAGGGCGCGCCUGGGACGCGACUCUGAAGACAACACGAGGGAAGUGAAUUGCAGAUUCAAUAUUGAAACUGGAUAUCGGGUGUUCUGUGAAUUAUCUGAAUACGCAUGACUCGAACGACCAUUGAAUGUCGAUUAGCUGGUUCAAGGGUCGAGUCGAGAUACUACGCCACCCUAUACGGACAGUCACGUAAUUCCCGUCUAGCUUGAUUGAAGAGCUGGUCCUUUGGAUGGGCAGAUGUGACUGCAUAGCUUUAUGCGGAGCCCCCUUCGAUUCACAAGUGAUAAGCUGCGACUUUGCGUGAUGCCUCCCAAACGCAUUACACGUCGUGCCGGGGCGACCGCCCGUGCCAACGAGGACGAAAUUCUGGCCAUGAUCCCUGGGAUGUCGAGUCCAGAGGGCAAGAUCCCGGUUCUGCCCAGCAUCCCUGCAAAGCAUUCCUUUGCGUAUGGCUCGCCGGCGCCAGCGGUGCUGCCGCGCAAGAUUCAGGUCAACCACGUCACGCGGCUCGACGACAUGGCCCAUACUAUCGACGCCGAGUUGAAUGAGUCCAAGGAUCGCCGGGAAGUCGUGGUCGAUGACCCGAAAGAUAGUCAACCGCCGCCGAGCCCGCCGCGUCUUCCAUCGCCAACUCGGCGGCGCAAGCGUGAACCCACGCCGGACCAGGUGCAGCUGCUGGAUGCGCUGCGCCAGGUGACGACCACGACCAAUGGCGAUAAUGCGCGGUCUACCGCGACACCGACUCCUCCGAUACCACACAGGCUGUCGAGCGAACCGACUCCUAUCCCGCCCGUACCCCGAUUCCCGCCCCCCGAUGAUGAUCUACGUCUGUAUCCCUCCCCGCUGCUCCGCUUCGGGUCUCCACACCGUGACUCGCCCCUCAGAGACCGCUCGCAGCGCCAAGGGUCCCUGGACAGCGACUCGAUGAUAUCGUGGGCAGUCGAGCGCGACGUCCACGAUGACGAUCUCCAGAGGACGCGCCCGACGAAAUUCCGCGAGUCGCCGCGCGGGAAAAACAUCACCAAGCCGCCCCGGCGAGCGUCGGGGAUCACCUUUAUUCAUAGCACGAUCGAGGAAGAAGAUGAGCCGGUAUCCAGGGUGGACCUGGAGCCUCAGUUUGAGCGAGAUCCCACGCCUGUUGAAACGGAACCGGAGCCCAUCCCCGAACCAGAUCGACCGCCGCCAGAGCCUGAAAUCCUACCGAAAGAAGACCCAUUGAAUUCCGCCCCCGCCAGAACCCUAAUACCCCAGAGCGUUGGACGCGAGACAUCGUUUGCAGAUACAGAAGAGCCGUCAUCGUUCCUGUCCUCUAUCGGAGUUCUCAAACCGCGGAUGCCAUCCAUACCCCGGUUAACAGGAGAGACUCGAAGACAGGACGUUUUCCGAAUAGCGCUGCUCAUACUCCUGGUGGUGCUUCCCCCCAUAGCGAUGUAUGUCUGGGGAGGCCGGCUGGUGGAUCUGUACGAGCAGAUGGGACCGUCUCUGCCCUCGUUCCGACGACCGUUUGUGAACCUGAACGCCUCCAACCUGGAGAUCGUGGAGGCGCUCUCGCACCAGAUGGGGAAACUGAGCAACCGGGUGUCCUCGAUCUCGGUCGACGUGCAGUCGCUACAAACAGAGGUGGACAGUCUUUCGGCCGCGCAGACCGCGCACCCGGACGGCAAACAGACGGGCCCCAUCCCGGUCUUCGCCGAGCGCGCUCCGCGCGUCAACUUCCUCCUGCUCAGCAUGGGCGCGAUCGUUGAUCCUCGCGCAACGAGCCCGACUGCCGGGCCCAGCCCGCCCUUCCUUCAGCGCAUGCUGCUCUUCCUUUUCCCCCCGGCACGCUCGUCCACGCGCGGCCCGCUACCCCCGAUUGCGGCGCUGACUCCCUGGCAGGACUUUGGCGACUGCUGGUGCAGCACCCCGCGGCAGGGGAUGUCGCAGCUGGCCGUUCAUCUGGGCCGGGCGAUUGUGCCUGACGAGGUGGUUGUCGAACAUGUGCCCAAGGGGGCGAGUCCGAAUAGCGGCGUCGCCCCGCGAGAUAUGGAGUUGUGGGCGAGGUUUGUCGUCAAAGACGUUAAUGAAAGGAAGGAAGACAAGCCCGUGGGAGACAACAAGGCACAAGACAAGAAAGAAGAUGCAGGUCUGGAAAGAGAGGAUGACAUCCGGCUCACACCCCCCGACGCAGACAUGCACGAAUCGAUCAUGAAGUACCUCCGCCUCGCCUGGCGCGGGGAGCCAGACUCGCACUUCGCCGACGACGAACUGCUGGGCCUGCCCUUCUACCGGAUCGGCCGGUGGCGGUACGAGCUCGACGGCGCCCAUCACAUCCAGCAUUUCACACUGGAUGCCGUCUUCGACACGAAGGAUCUGAGGGUCGAUAAGGUCGUGGUUCGCGUCACCUCCAACUGGGGUGCGGAAGAUACCUGUCUUUACCGGGUGAAGCUGCAUGGUCAUUUAUAGCCUGACUCUUCUUCUUGAAUCAUUCUAUUUCUUAUCUUGGGUGGGGAGAUACCAGGCGUUGUAGACUAGUUAAUACAACAUUGAUAAUAUUGAGGUAGUACGAAAGUGAAAGAAAGAAUGUAUUUGGUCUAGAUUAUUCCAUACGUUGAAACGCCCUGUCGACCUCCCCCCUCCAAUCGCUCAUGGCGACGAUCGCCCAUUCCAACAGGCCAACCAGGUACAGGGCGACGCACUGGCCGACCCAAAGCCCCUGGAGCCCCCA